UUGUAAAAGAUACAAAACCAAGCACAGAUGAAAUGCAACUUUUCCAAUCUGUUUCCAACCACACCCAUGUUCUGAUUUCCUUGUUUGUUUAUUCAGGAAAGAGCCCAUUUUUGGUGACAUCUCUGAUUUUCUAGUAUUUUUCUCUGGAUUCCUUAUCACAAACUUAGCUAAGUUGUUGUCUUUUUUGUCAUUCAUAGUGCAUUGCCACUCCUUGCUUUGGUCCCUUGCCCCUUCUUCAAGUUCAGAUCUGUGAGUUGCUGUGUUGUGUUUGUUGGAGAGAUUGAUUUGAUUGUGUUCAGCAAAAGCUGGAGGUGGGUUUUCCUUUUCAACUCUUUGUAUUGUAGUGUCUCCCAUGGUGUGGAAAAUGGACAUUCACAUGCCCCAGAAGCUUGUUUUGCCUAGUUUGCCAUAAAGGCUUCAACUUUCAGGUUUCCUUGUUCAAGAUCUUGGAAAAUACGAGGUUGUUUCUGUGAUUGAGCAGUGUUGGCUUUCUGGGUCUGUAUUGUUUUCUUUUUCUCUGUGUCUGGUUUUGUUUGUUUGGCUUCCUCUUGACAAAUUUUGCUUCUUUUGUUAAAAGAUAAUUCAAAGGUCUUGUUGCUGGGGGGAACUGUUAUAAUGGGGAGUGGCCUUGGGGAGGGACUCUUUGUUGUGCUGAUUCUGGUGAUGUUGUCUGUGACAGCGAGCACUAUAAAUGCUCAACCAAAGUCUAUUCUCUUGAAUUGUGGUUCAGAUUCUUCUGUGAAUGUGGAUGGUAGGAGAUGGGUGGGGGACAUGGCCACUGAUAACAAUGUCACCCUAAGUUCCCCUAGUGUUCUUGUUUCCACUUCUACAUCAAGUGACAGUCCAAUAUAUGACCCUCUCUAUAAAACUGCCAGAAUUUUCAAUGCUCCUUUGAAUUACACAAUCAAAGAUGUUCAGGGGAACUACUUUGUUAGGUUCCAUUUCUGCCCCUUCGAGACUGAUGACUACAAUGUGAAUGAGUCCUCAUUUGGUGUUGUGGUCAAUGGACUGAAACUGUUGUCAGAGUUUGAUGUUCCUGGUAAGAUAUCUCACAAGAAUAUGAACUUGCUGAAUUCUGGAAGGAAUGCUAGUUCAUUCUUCUUGGUCAAAGAAUAUAUUCUGGCUGUGAAUGGGGAUAUGCUUUUGAUUGAGUUUGUUCCAACCAGAAGCUCCUUUGGCUUCAUCAAUGCCAUUGAGAUUGUACCAGUUGUUGGUGAGCUUUUUGCUGGUUCAGUUAGCAGAGUUGGUGGAAGUGGUGGAAACUUGAAUUUGCCGGGACAAGGGAUGGAGACUAUGUAUAGGUUGAAUGUUGGUGGUCCUGAGAUUCAGUCCAAUCAGGAUCAUGAUCUUUGGAGAACCUGGGAAGUGGAUUCUGGCUAUAUGAUCACUGAAAAUGCUGGGUCUGGAAUUAAGAACAGUUCUAACAUUACAUAUGCUUCCAUGAAUGAUACUUGGGUGGCUCCUCUCCUUGUGUAUGAAACUGCAAGGGCAAUGUCCAACACUGAAGUCUUGGACAAAAGGUUCAACAUGUCAUGGAAAUUUGAAGUAGAUCCUGGCUUUGAUUAUCUGGUCCGUUUACAUUUCUGUGAGCUGGUUUAUGACAAGGCCAAUGAGAGGAUAUUUAGGAUCUACAUAAACAAUAGGACAGCUGCAGAUAAUGUUGAUGUCUUCGUGCGUGCGGGAGGGAUGAAUAAAGCAUAUCACCAGGACUAUUUUGAUCCUGUGUCGUCGAGGAUUGACACGGUUUGGGUUCAACUUGGUCCUGACACGGCUGCUGGUGCUGCAGGAACUGAUGCUCUCUUAAAUGGUCUGGAGGUUUUCAAGCUUAGUCGAAACGGAAAUCUUGCCUAUGUGGAGAGGUUUGACAUAAGUGGCAAUUCAGGAAGCAAAUCAAAAGCAAUAGCUGCUUGGGUGGGAGUUGGAGCAGGUGUAGCUUCUGUAGCUAUAGUUGCACUUAUAGUUGGUCUUGUUUUCUGUUUCUGUAAAAGCAGGAGGAAACAAUCAAGCGAUACCAAGAACAACCCUCAGGGUUGGAGACCAUUGUUCCUCUAUGGAGGGGCUGCUGUGAACAGCACUGUGGGUGCCAAAGGAUCAGCAGGAACUCAAAAGCCUUAUGGAUCUGUGGGCUCAACCAGAGUUGGCAAGAAGUUUACAUUGGCAGAAAUCAAUGCUGCAACAAACAACUUUGAUGAGAGUUUGGUAAUUGGAGUUGGAGGCUUUGGUAAGGUGUAUAAGGGGGAGGUUGAAGAUGGCGUUCCUGCGGCUAUUAAGCGCGCCAACCCCCAGUCUGAGCAAGGCCUGGCUGAAUUUGAGACAGAAAUCGAGAUGCUGUCCAAAUUCAGACACAGGCAUCUCGUGUCCUUGAUUGGUUUCUGUGAAGAGAAGAAUGAAAUGAUCUUGGUUUAUGAGUACAUGUUAAAUGGAACUCUUAGAAGCCACCUAUUUGGGAGUGAUCUUCCUCCUCUAUCUUGGAAGCAGCGCCUAGAAGUGUGCAUCGGUGCUGCAAGGGGACUUCACUACCUUCACACAGGAGCUGACCGAGGAAUCAUUCACAGGGAUGUCAAGACAACCAAUAUACUGCUAGAUGAGAACUUUGUAGCCAAAAUGGCUGAUUUUGGGUUGUCCAAAGAUGGUCCAGCUUUUGAACACACCCAUGUUAGCACUGCUGUGAAAGGAAGCUUUGGCUAUCUAGACCCUGAGUACUUCAGAAGGCAGCAAUUGACCGAGAAAUCAGAUGUAUACUCCUUUGGUGUUGUGUUGUUUGAAGUUGUUUGUGCUAGAGCUGUCAUAAACCCCACCUUGCCUAAGGAUCAGAUCAACCUUGCAGAAUGGGCAAUGAGAUGGCAAAGGCAAAGAUCACUUGAGACAAUCAUUGACCCUCAUCUUAGAGGAAACUAUUGUCCGGAAUCAUUGGCUAAGUAUGGAGAGAUCGCAGAAAAAUGUCUUGCUGACGAUGGAAAGAGCCGCCCCACCAUGGGAGAGGUGUUGUGGCACUUGGAGUAUGUCUUGCAACUGCAUGAAGCUUGGCUCAACAUGGACACCACAGAAACUUCCUUCUCUAGUAGUAAUGCUUUGAGAUGUCCAAAAGAUGGAGGACUAGAAAUGGUCCAUGAGCCUUCAAAUCAAGAUGGAGAAGUUGGUUUUGAUCACAAAAACACAGCUGAAUCCGAUUGAAGAAUGCUGCAAUUUGAGUUCAGUGAUUUCUGAAUGCUAGUCAGACACACCAUUGAUUGAAGAACUAUAAAUCAAUGACCCUUAUAGCUCAUAUAUGCUUUACAUAUUCUUUCUAUUUGUUUUAUUGAAUCCAACUUCAAGUUUAUUGUUACUAUUUUUCAAGCUAAUACAUGGUAGUGCAAUAGGCAAGUUAUUAAUAACUUAUUAUCAACACUUUGUCUAAAACUGGUACCAAAAUUUGUGAUAUGCUCUGGUUUUGUAUUGAGUAUGCAAUUAAAAAUUGUAUUCCUGGA